AUGGUGAACUUCCGAGGACGCAGCAAGCCCCACUCCCGAACACCUGCAGAUGGACAGUGGCUCCACGACAAAGCACCUACGGGUCGCAGUCGAGAUGUCUCACCAAAAGGAAGCAUCAAUUCUUCACCAGGGUCAAGACUGGUCGUCGCAGGAUUGCAUUAUGAGAUUACCCCAAAGGACUUGAAUGCCAUAUUUGGGCAAGUUGGCACGCUUAUUAGUGAGCCUUUCAUCAGGUACGACCGAAGCGGGCGAUCGACGGGCGUUGCAAUUGUCACAUACGAAACAACCGAGGAGGCUUCGAAGGCUUUGAAGCAGUUCAAUGGACUACUCGCCAAAGGUCAACCGAUGGACAUCUCGUUCGAUACUUCUGCACCUCGGCCUUCAAGAAAAUCGACGACGACCGCUCUUCUCAAUCGCAUUCAAAAGCAACCUCUCCUGAGUCGACUCGCUGCUGACUCUGAGGAUGCUGAGAUGUCUACUAAGGAUUCUGAUAGGAGACGAACUGGCUCGCUGCGCUCACGCGGUCGGCGGAUUGGGAGAGGUGCCCAAGGUGGCGGACGUAGAGGAGGGAAAGCGGAGAGGAAGCCCCAGACAGCCGAAGAUUUGGACAAAGAGCUAGAAGCUUUCAUGGGAGAUACAGCACCCCCACAGACAACCACCGCCACGGAGAAAGUUGGCGAGGUUGCUGCCCCAACCCAAGAUAUAGAUAUGGCUUAA